AUGGAACCGACCUUGGAUAAUGAGAGAUUUUUCAGACCGUCCUAUGUUGCUAGUUUUGAACCACCUCAAAGAACAGGACCAGUAAAUGUGGAAGAUAUUAAAGCAGAUCUCUCUACUGAGUUUUCUUCUAUUUCUUCAAACUCGGACACAAGCUGGAGGAGCAGUUUGGAGCCUAAGGGACACAUACAAGUUUGCCUGCGUAUUAGGCCAUUUACAUCGGUGGAAAGAGAAAAUGAAUUGCAGGAGUGCGUUUCACUUGAAGACUCAACAAGCGUUGUACUGAAGCACCCCAAAAACUCUUGGAGUCGCCUAAGCGAAAAGGCUGCUGGACAGAUGAUGCAAAAGUUCACUUUUUCUCGAGUGUUUGGACCUGAAACAACUCAAGAAGAAUUCUUUGAAGGUACCAUGAAGCAACCAGUGCAAGAUUUCUUAGAUGGAUACAAUCGUCUUAUUUUUACAUACGGUGUUACAAAUGCUGGGAAAACCUACACGUUCCAAGGGACAGAAGAUGACCUUGGUAUUCUGCCAAGGACUAUGGAUAUGUUGUUUAAAAGUCUUCAAGGAAAGCUAUACGCAGCAAUGGAUCUCAAACCCCAUCGGUGCAGAGAUUACAUAAAGCUGACUAAAGAUCAAGUGAGAGAAGAAACUGCUAUUAAAAAUUCCAUACUUCGUCUAACAAAAGAGGUAGAGGAGCACUUUCUAUACUGAUGAGUACAUGCAUCUUUAGAUAGCUCCAUGCUGCUGUAUUGUCAGUUUUCACUUAUUAAUUUUUUAAGUGAAAUUCACUUUACUAGGCCUAUAUUGACUUGAAAUAUUUUGUACUUGGCAGAUUUGGAAGAACUCUUAAAAGACUCAGAACAAUCUAGCACAACUCUGAAAAAUUACGUGAAGUUUUCUGUUUGGGUUUCAUUUUUCGAGAUUUACAAUGAAUGUUUUUAUGAUCUACUGAUUCCUGUAUCAAAUGACAAGAAAAGAAAAACACUGCGCCUUGCUCAAGACAUCAAGGGAUGUUCUUAUGUAAAAGAUCUGCAGUGGGUUCAGAUUUCUGAUUCUAAAGAAGCUUUUAGACUGCUAAAACUGGGGUUGAAACACCAGAGUGUUGCAAGCACGAAACUAAAUACUUGCUCCAGCAGAAGUCACAGCAUAUUCACAGUUAAGAUACUAAAAAUUGAAGAUGCAGGAGCACCACGAGUGACCCGAAUCAAUGAACUGUCAAUGUGUGAUCUUGCUGGCUCAGAAAGAUGUACCAAGACCCGCAAUGAAGGUGAUAGAUUGAAAGAGAGUGGAAAUAUAAACACUUCUCUCCUGAUUCUAGGCAAGUGUAUUAAUGCACUGAAGAACUGUCAACAGUCAAAGUUGCAGCAGCAUAUACCCUUUCGGGAAAGUAAGUUGACUCAUUUCCUUCAAGGAUUUUUCACUGGAAAGGGGAAGGUGUACAUGAUAGUAAACAUAAGCCAAUGUGCUUCAGCUUAUGAUGAAACACUCAAUGUGCUAAAAUUCUCAGCCAUUGCACAAAAAGUUUUAGUUAUGGACACAUCUGUUCUUCCUCAAGAUCAGUCAUUUGGCCAGAAAUCACCAAGAGAAUCAUCACUACUAAGAUGCACUAAAAUGCCAGUCCCAAGGAAAAGAGCUACUGUCCUAUGGGACACAAGCUUAGAAGAUGUGCUUGAAGAUGAUGAUGAGGAGAUGGAGGAACAGCAUAGUAUGUCAAGAGAAGAAGCAGUGCAGAAACAUGAAGAUAAUGAAGUUCGUAUUGGAAAAGAAAAAUAUAUGACGCUGCUGAGUCUCAUAGAAGAGUUGAAGAACAAACUUAUUACUGAAAGGAAGAAUAAGUUAUUGCUGGAACUGAAAAUUCGUGAAGAAGUGAUACAAGAAUUUACCCAAAAUUUUGCUGAGCAGGAAAUAGAUUUCAAAGAGUGCCUUUAUCAAGAACGAGAACGGCUUGAAGAAAAUUCUGAAAGACGCCUGGAAAUCUUCAAGGAACUUACAAAUAGUUAUAUUAAAAAUGCAGAUGAAGAGAAUAAGGGUGACAAAUGUAACUUAGGGCUGGGCACCUACAUUGGUCUUGAAGGCAUUAUUGAUUCUCUGCAGAAUGAUGUCAUUGAUAUCAAAAAGCAGGCAGAAGAUAUAUAUAGAUACGUUGUGUCCCUAGAGGACCCACAGGAAGCUAUAGCUUGGCUUGAAAAACAACUAGGAAAAAUUACCACUGAACUGACUAAGACCAAAGAAGAGCUGACAAAGAAAACCAAUGAACUAAUCAAAACUGAAGAAGAGCUGACACAGAAAACCAAAGACUUUGAAAUACAGAUGAUUAAAUUGGAUGAGUCUGCUGAGCAGCUUAAAGAAGCAACUGAGAAAAUGGAUACACAGAAUAAAAGGAUUCAAGAACUAAUGGACAUUGUGGAGCAAAAAGAUGAUGUUAUUAUGAGACUACAAGAUCUGAUAUCCCAUUCAGAAGAAACUGUAAAAGACUAUGACAACACUGUAACUACCAUUAAACACAAAUUGGCAGAAACCAACUCUAACGAACUGAUUGAAAGCGGCCAGCUCAAGGAUUGUGAGGAACCUGUAUUGGAAGUGGGAAGAAAACGUUGCUUUGAAAAUGAGCCUACUGUGGAAGAAGAGCCACCUACAAAGAAAGGAGAUAUGAAGGAGAGUUUGGGAGAUGACUCUCUACGGCAAGAGAGAACUGGUUAUGUGAGAACAAAUACUUCUGAGUACUAUGCAGAAAUACUAGCACUGAAGGAAAGAACUGAAAUCUUGGAAGGUCAGCUAGCUGCUCUUGAAGAACAAUGCAAAAGGGAAAAAAACAAAAAAGAAGAAUUCAAUGGACAGAUAACAAACUUGCAUCUCAAGCUCUCUGCUUCUGAAGAAAGGGCUUGUGGCUUAAGUGAAGAACUUCAGCAGUGUCGAGCUGACUAUCAGGAGAUUGUUUCUGAAUUGGACAAACAGAAAACUAUAAAUAAGGAACAUGAAGAAAAGAUUAUUCAGCUAAAUAAUGAAGUAGAAGGUGCCAAACAAAAUAUAAUUGAUAAAGUGUCACAAAUUAAAACAAUGCAGUCCGAAGUAGAUGAGUUGUAUAAAUGUCACUUAGAAUCUUAUGCUAUUGAUAUUGAUUUGUUUAGUGUAAAAGAACCCUUAGACUCUGAGAAAGCUGAACCAGAGGGAGCUCAAAUGAGCCCUGUGUGCAUGCGGUCUCAGACUGCUGCUACAGCAGAUCAGAGACGCGAGAGCUCCUUUCACUGCAGUAUUGAAAGCAUGUGGGAAGAAUGCAAAAAUGUUAUUAAGGCUUCUUCACAAAAAAAUCAGCAGAUUCAAGAACUACUUCAACAAGUUGAAAACUUAAAGAAGGAACUUCGUGACAUGGAGAAUUAUAAUAAUCAACUAAAAAUAAAAUUAAAUGAGACUGCAAAUCAAGAUCGUCAGUCCUUAAAGGAAAAAGAUCUUAUGAAUCAGUUACAAAAGCAAAUCCAGAAGAAAACCCAGGAUUUUGAAAAACGGGCUGCAGAAGAUCAGAGAGUAAUUGCACAGUUUGAGGACGAAGUUACCAGAUACCAAGGAAAAAUAAGAGAGCUUGAAUGCUGCUUGGAGGGUUUUAGAGCUAAAGAUGAUAGCAUAACAAAGUUAGAAGAUGUACUUAAAGAAAAAGAAUCUAUUAUUUUAAAUCUACAAAGUAAUACAGUAGCCCUGCAAGAGAAAUGUGCAAAGUCAGACAAAAAGCUGAAAGAAUUAAAUGAUCAAGAAGGAAAUUUGAAAGAGGAAGUUGCGCAGUUGAUGAACAGCUUGGAGUACAUGAAACACUCUCUUCGGGAAAAGGAGAAAAAUGAGGAGGAGCAAAUACAAGCUGUAGAAGUACUACGUAAAGAUCUUUCUGAGAGUUCUGCACUUGUACAGAGUUUGAAAAAAGAUUUGGAGAGGAAAGAGGAAGAAUAUACAGAUUUGAAAGAGAAAUUUUCUGAUGCCAAGAAACAAAUUCAGCAAGUACAAAGAGAGGUGUGUACAAUGCAAGCAGAGGAGAAAUCACUAAGGAACAAAAUUAGUGGACUUCAGAAAAUUAAAAACCAGUUUAGUGAAGAAUUAGAGAUCAAACAGCGCACAAUCCUGCAACUUAAAAAGCAAUCGAAUAACAAGAAGCUGGAAGAAAUCUCCAAACAGUAUGAGAAAACACGUGAAGAUCUGUGUGCAAAGGAAAAAAUAAUUGAAGAUAUGCGGAUGACAUUAGAAGAACAAGAACAGACGCAGACUGAACAAGAUCAAGUGCUUGAAGCCAAGUUUGAAGAGACCAACAAACUAGUUUUGGAACUGGAAGCAUGGAAGCAGAAAUGUAAAGAGCUGACUAACCAGAGCAAUAGUGACUGGCAGCAGAAGAUGAGCAAAAAUGAGGAGAAAAACGAAAAUGAAGCUAAGUAUCAAACUGAUAGAAAGAAGUGGCUGGAAGAAAAAAUGGAACUCAUAGGUCUAGUAAAAGAAGCUGAGAGCCAUCGCAAUGGAGAAAUGAGAAAAUUUGCGGAGGACGGAGAACGUCAUGUAAAGCAACAAGCAGAAAUUGAAAGGCUUGCUGCGCAGCUGGUAGAAAAGGACAACAAUCUUCAAAAGUGGCGUGAAGAAAGAGAUAAAUUAGUAGAAGCUUUGGAAGUACAGCUCAAGACUUUGGCUUCUAACAGUGCACAAAAAGAUAAAGAAAUAGUGGAACUGAAACAGGCUGCACUAAAGGAUUCAGGAAAGGAAACUGAUAUAGAAGAACUAAGAAAACAGCUGGCCGAGAAAGAUGAUUUUAUAAAGGAAUUAAAGCAACGCAUUAACCAUGAAAGUCUUCAGGCUUUGGCAGAAGUACCUUUACCUGAAGAAGGACAAGAUAAAAUAGAUCAGUCUCUAAACAAAGAGAACCAUUCAGGAAUUGUACUUGACUCUUCUGAAGUGUCCACAGAAAAUGGAAAAACUAGUCGGUUCCCAAAACCAGAGAUGGAAAUUCAGUUCACCCCUCUGGAACCGAAUAAGAUGGAGGUGAAGCACCAGGGCAGCGCCUUACCAGUUAGAGUUAAAAUGCCCAAGUCAAGAAAGAAAAGGAAGAGUGAAGAGGUGGUACAGGAUUUUGUGAAAAGUGAGAACAAGAAAAAUACAAAACCUGCUAUGACUGACUCACCUUCUACAAGCAACAAGAAAAUGAAGUCUACUACACAGUCAUUUAGAAAAGAAUACUGCUUAAGAAAGCAAGAAUCUACUUCAAGUAAAGAGUCAGCUAAAAACAAAGAUGGAACACUACAAAGAAUUGGAGACUUUUUUCAGAGUUCUCCUAGUAUUAUUCACUCUAAAGCAAAGAAGCUGAUUGCGACAAUAAGCUCUCCGAAGUCGGCAGAACCCGAAAGUGUCAAAAACGAGCUCAAGCCAAAACGAGCUAAGAGAAAGCUGUAUUCAACUGACAUUUCUUACCCUCUAGAUAUCCCUGCUUCUUCGAUAUUUGUAGAACAAAAAGAGAAGGAAAGUGAUCAUCUAAUCAUCAAGCGACGGCUACGGUCAAAAACAGCUAAAUAA